AUGACCUCCUCACCAAAGAGCACUCAAAAAAUAACUGAUAAAGUUGAACCAAAAAAUGAACAUCUCGAACACGUCGAGCUACGGCAUGGUGAACGUAAAUUACAUGUUUCUUCAUUUGAAUUUACAGAAAACUCGGGUUCCAAUCCAACUUCUAUAAUCUCAAAACAUGCCUCUUCACAUGGGUUGGCCUCAGCAAUUAUUCAUGCUUAUACCCUUCACCAACACCUUCGAUUAUCACCAGAUGAUAUAUGGUUAACAAUUGCACAAGGUAUUAGUAGGCACAUUUUCAAUAACGCUGAACGUUUUCGUUACUUAUUUGUUGACCAUGAAGGUCAGGAAGAUGUCUUUGUGGAUGCUCGAGAUAUUAUAGGGUAUGACUUUCUAGGUGAUUGGCCACAAGCGAUUUCUCGGCUUUCUGGUGCUAUUGAUAAACGAGUUAAAAAAGUUGGUUUAAAACAGCAUCUCGAAUGCGAUUUUUCUACCUCAACAAAUUCAUCUAUUACUGCCAGCCAAAUUAUCUUGUUGGAUGCGAUGAAAAAGUAUUUUAGAUAUAGAUUGAGGGGUGGUUGUGGUAUUCCAAAGGUUACCCUUGAUGGCACCUUGGAAGAUUGGUUGCAUCUUCAAGAAAAAGUUGCAAAAAUUCGUGAUUUGGGAUUGGAACUUGAUUUCUGGUUGGAUAGGUUAGAACCAGUCAUCACUCAAUUUGUCGCCACCUAUAAAGGAGACGUUGACGAAAACUUUUGGAGCAUGGCUAUUUUCAAUACUCCUUAUUCUAGUGGCAUGCCGACUCCUUGUUGGAAUGGAUGGAUAGGUGCUUUGUUCCCUUACGGCGAGUCAGGAAGGCAAAUUAUGAGGAAUGAAAUUAUUCCUGCUGAAGUACCUUCUGGAUUAGUAUAUGUUCCUUUCAAUUUGGGUAUCUUGGCAGAAAAUUUUAAAUUAAAAUUUGCUGCAGGUUUUUUCGGUGCUAGACAAGUUAAGGUUAACGAUGAAUAUGUUAUUUCACCUGUUAUUGGUUGGUAUAUUGCUGAUGCUUAA